AAUAUUAAAAUGCAUAAAUCAAACCAUGAAGCGGGUUCAAAAGGCCUCGAGACUAAAACAAUAGGUGUCAUUAGAGAUAGACUUGAAAAGUCGUAUAAAGAGAAUCGGGAAGGCCUCAGCUGCUAUUUUGAUACCAACCUCGAGAUUGGAUGGGUCCUUUAUGAAGCAAAUAUCUUCAUUUACAACCAUAAAAAUGUUUUCUUUGAUAUGAAGCUACCUACAGAAGUUGGGGAGAUCAAAGCAGAUCAAAUUAUAAUUUCGAAUACUGAAAAUAAUGACUUUCUACUAAUUUCCUCAGGCAAGACCUUCUAUUCUCGGAUCGUUAAUCAGGAGUUUGACGUAAGAUAUGCUACAUAUGAAGCUAAAACACUCGAUGAGGGAGAAGCAGUAACUGCGUUUAGCUUAAUCUCUUCCCCAUUAGACAACAUCCCUUCAGUCGUGUUUACAACCACGAAUGGGAAGACUGUGACAGCCCAGCUAUUGAUGGACGAAGACUUCCUUAAGCUUGAUGAACUAGUUCUAGAACCACCAAAGAAAUUUUUUAAGCCUCUGACCUCAUUUUUCACUAGCAAAGAGGAAGAAGAAACUAAUGUUCAUAAAAUUUACAGUGAGACACACCUCAAAAAUAAGUUGGUUCUCUACACAAUUGGGGAGAAGAUCAUUACCAUCUGGGGCAUCACCACUGAAGGCACAGAUGUAUGGAGCAUCAACGUUCAAAAUUGAGUUAAGAGGUACAAAUCGAUUCCUGGAGAAAUUCUCACCUUCAAAAUAAUCGGGGAUGAAAUUAUCGAACGUGAAGUAGACACUGAUCCUAUUAUGAACAUCCUUGUGCAGGUUGUCUACAAGAAGUACGAUUCUGAGAAGCAUUAUACCCAAUAUCUUCUUCUACGCUACAGCAUUGACACUGAAGCAAAGAGAUUCAGAGAUUUCCCUACAGAUCCAUUGCUUGAGGCAGAGAAAGAAUUUAAACAAGAGGAUGAGCAAGUAAAAUGCCUUGUUGUGACUAACAUUGGCACUGUGACUUAUAUCUUCCUCUGCUUCCCUACUCAUACAAGAGUGAUGAACCUCUUUAGCGAAGAUAUUGAGAUGUGAAACCUCAAGGCUAGAAUCAUAGGAGGUGGAAUUCUCAUUGAUAAAAAUGUGCGCAAUUAUCUCCUCUUUAGUGACAGAGAGAUCAUAAUUUUUAGCCUUAUCAGAGAGCAUAGCUUUAAAACCCUCAACAAGUUCUUCCUCAAAGAGAUAGAGAAGGCCAAUAGCCAAAGGAGGCAAAUCCAUGAAGCCAACCUAGAAGGUCUUCCUCGAGUGCAGAGUGAAGAUGAAAUGAAGAUCCUUGAAAUGAUUAAGAGCAAUCAGGAGAUCACUGAAUCUCAGACCAAUAAAAGUGACUUAAUCUCCAUGCAAAAGUCUCAUGGCAAUGAAGCUUUCUAUGAAAUCCUAAUGAAUGUCACUAAAAUCUUGAUUGAUGAUCCUAUCAAGGACUCUAUGGUGUGUGACAACCAGAGAGAAGAGAUUAAGGCUGAAAACUCGCUAAACUACACUCUUGAAAAUCCUGAGUUAAUAAAUUGGAGCUUAACCACUAAGCAAAAUAGAGUCUCAGUGAUCAGGUCUUUCCUCGAGCAGGCUGGUUUUGAUUUCAACUACAACUUGAAUGUGAUCGAGGAGAAGUUGGUUUUCUUUAAAUCUAUAAAGAAAAGUCAUGAUGAACUAUCCUCAAAAUUUGAUAAUUACCAGUCGAUUGUUAUCUUGAACCAGACUAUCCAGAAUAUAGUACAGAACUUUUAUAAGAUUUCGAGGAGGGAGAUUAGGCAGAAGGGGAAUACAUCCUCUCUCAUUUUCUACAGCCAUCCCAUUAAAGGAUCAGAUUCUUCAGCGUUAAUAGGGCACCUUGCAAAGACCAUGUUUGACCACAUGAUGCAAGAUGGCCUUCAAGAGAACACUUUGCUUUACAUCACGCAGAUAGUACUUGAUGCAAUCAAGGAAGUACAGAAGUAUAGAGACAAGUUUACUGAUUACCAGUACCGUCAUCAUGCUAUCUUCUGGACGAUGGACUCCAACAGCUUCAUUGACCCUGUCAAAAGGAUCAUUGACAUGAUUCCAGAGCAAAUCAGGCUAAACCAAAGUGCGAGGCUGAAUGAUAGGCUUUACGAGCUUUCAGACACCUUAUUACGGGAGCUUGAUCAUGCUCGUGAGAUUGAAGAGCAUAACUCUCACGACACUGAAUAUCUUGAAAAAUUCAAGUUUGUCAGAGGCCAACUCAUCGUUAAAGUUGAGGAGUUUUCUCUAGAUUACGCCCUUGAUCUUGCUGAGAAGUACGAAGAUAUUGAGAACACUACUAGAUUUUGCAUCGAGCUUGGAGAUUACUCGAAGAUAUAUUCCUUGAUCGAAAACCAAACCGAGAAGAGCAGAUCUGACGUAAUUCAGAAGUCAAUGAAAUGGAUUGUGGAUGAUUACCUUGCCAAGCUGAAGAAGAGGAACCAGAAAAAUUCGCUUUCGUUCAAAUUCCAGGUGUUCGACAUCUAUCAGGGGAAAUAUGAUGAUGAGAUUGAUAGUUUCUUGGAUUCCUAUCCUAGACUUAGGCUUAUUUUUAACUUGAGAAGAGGAGAAUUCGAUCCAGUGCAUAACCAAGCAAGACAUCUAGCAAACAAUGAGGACAAAGAUAGCAAAAUCAAAGGUCUUUUGACAUCAAUCGCUGAUGUUAAUGAGAUAAAAGAAUAA